GGGCGGGGAGGGAGUCACUGCCGCCGGGAGCUCGCGCUCGGCUGGUUCCGGGUUGAGAGGCUGCGCUCGGACCGGAGCAGUGGCCGCCGAACCGGCAGGGCGCCAUGGCGUGCAGCCUCAAGGACGAGCUGCUCUGCUCCAUCUGUCUGAGCAUCUACCAGGACCCGGUGAGCCUGGGCUGCGAGCACUACUUCUGCCGCCGCUGCAUCACCGAGCACUGGGUGAGGCAGGAGGCGCAGGGCGCCCGCGACUGCCCCGAGUGCCGGCGCACGUUCGCCGAGCCCGCGCUCGCGCCCAGCCUCAAGCUAGCCAACAUCGUGGAGCGCUACAGCGCUUUCCCGCUGGACGCCAUCCUCAACGCGCGCCGCGCCGCGAGACCCUGCCAGGCGCACGACAAGGUCAAGCUCUUCUGCCUCACGGACCGCGCGCUGCUCUGCUUCUUCUGCGACGAGCCCGCGCUCCAUGAGCAGCACCAGGUCACCGGCAUCGAUGAUGCCUUCGAGGAGUUGCAGGAGGUGUUCCCCCCACCACCGCCGACAUGAGUCUCUGCAAGUCAGCCUGAGCUUAGCAGGUGCCUGUGGAUGACCCUUGGCCCAGCAGAAAUGGCCCCAUGUUCACCAUCUCUCCCUCCCUGCCCCUUUCAUCCCCAAACCAUGACUGACUCCCUCCCAGUCUGGCUCUUUGAGGAUGGAGAGCAAGAACUGGGGGCUCUGGUUGCUUGCACAGGUUGGCAUCGGCCCUCUGUCCCCAGAGCAUUUUGUGCCGGGCCCUGGUAUCCCCAUCUCUCCAUCUGUGAAGUCAUAUAAACAGGGAGGGGAGAAAUUUUGACACUGCUGGGUGCAGGUUGUGAGGGUUUGAAGGGACUCUGAAACCAUCUGUCCAACCUCUUCUAAUAUAGAUGUGGAGACUGAGGUCCAGAGAGGUGAUGUGACUCCCCCAAACCCCCACUACCAGACAAGAGAGAGCCAGGCUAGAAAGCUCCGCCUGCCCCAGGCCAGAUCCCUCCUCUGCCACUCAGCCCCUCCUCUCCCCAUCUGACUUUCUAGCUAGAGAGGCCUCUGUCUUCUGAGCCUGUGUUUCCCUGUCAGCAAACCAGCAAAUCAAAACAACUGUGUUUCGGUUUUUUACAAUUCUUUCCACAUCCUGGGGAAUGCGGGAGAAAUUAAAGGUAUAUUUUCUCUAAA